AUGAUAUGUGUCAGGACAAGCCACCUGUCAUACUAUCAAUUGUGUCAAUGGUAUGGCAGUGUUUAUGUGAAAGUUAUAAAGUCAUGGUCUCCACCUAUACUGUGAUCAAAUAUUUGAAAGAAAAACAUUUCUUUGACAGGUAGAUUUGUAUCUUGCAUUCAUUGUCUGCUGCAGCAUCGGACGAGAAGCUGAGCAAAUGGUUGUACUGGUCGUCACGAUACAAACUGCCAUCUCACCAUCAGACUUCGUUUGACUGGUUCUUGUCAGGGGACACACUGUACCCUGUGCUGCUGCCCCAUAUCACAAGACUCUCUUCUACACACAACAACCUGAAGGUUAUGGAUGCAGGAUGUGGGAAUUCCGACGUCCCCAGUUUUCUGUACACUCACUGUACAGAGGUACCUAUUGAACUCCACCUUGUAGACUAUGUGAGUGAAGCUUUACACAUUCAGAACAACUGGCUGAGGGAGAGCCAGCAAGGUCACCCUGCAACAAGUGUACAGUGUGUGCAGUGUGACCUGACCAGGCUGCCCUACAUGCCAGGCACCUUCCAUCUGGUGCUUGACAAGGGCACUACAGAUGCUCUGCUGAAGGACCCAGUGGCUGGAGUACAAAGGAGUCACAAGCUGGUUUCUGGCGUGGUUGAUGUGCUGCAGCCUGGAGGGGUGUUUGCCCAGCUGACGGAUGAAGACCCAGACUCAAGACUCGGUCUCCUGGAGGAGGCAGUCAGAGGGACAGGCACAAUGUUCACUUUCACAGAACUUACAACAGGACACCACCAGUAUUUCUUGUUUCAGUAUGUUAAAGAGUCAUUAGUACAAUAAACUAUCAAGCCUU